AAGUCCCAAACACACUACACUCACAGUGUAUUUCGUGAGCAAGAAGAAAAAACAACAACAAAAGAGUCUUCUUCCUUUUCCUUUUGAGCGAGAGAGAGAGAGAGAGAGAGUAAUAGAAAGAAAGGAAGAAGAAAAAGAGGGUAUUGUAUUGUUUGUAAUUGGGGUUUAACAAUUCACAAUGUUCAGAAACCAGUACGACACCGACGUCACCACAUGGAGCCCGGCCGGUCGACUCUUCCAAGUCGAGUACGCCAUGGAGGCCGUCAAGCAAGGCUCCGCCGCAAUCGGCCUCCGAUCCAAGACCCACGUCGUCCUCGCCUGCGUCAACAAGGCUAACUCCGAACUCUCUUCUCACCAGAAGAAGAUCUUCAAGGUUGAUGACCACAUCGGCGUCGCCAUCGCCGGACUCACCGCUGACGGCCGUGUCCUCUCCCGCUACAUGCGAUCCGAGUGUAUCAACUACUCUUACACCUAUGAAUCCCCUCUCCCCGUUGGGAGGCUCGUCGUUCACCUCGCCGACAAGGCCCAGGUGUGCACCCAGCGAUCAUGGAAACGUCCUUAUGGGGUUGGUCUCCUAGUAGGUGGAUUAGAUGAAUCAGGAGCUCACCUCUAUUACAACUGUCCGAGUGGAAACUACUUCGAAUAUCAGGCUUUUGCAAUUGGGUCUCGCUCACAAGCUGCAAAGACAUAUUUGGAACGCAGGUUUGAGAACUUUGUGAGCUCCUCACGGGAAGAUCUUAUCAAAGAUGCACUCAUUGCAACCAGGGAGUCCCUGCAAGGUGAAAAGCUCAGGAGUUCUGUUUGUACUAUUGCUGUGGUUGGAGUUGGUGAGCCAUUCCACAUUUUGGAUCAGGAAACUGUUCAACAGAUGAUUGAUGCUUUUGAGAUUGUGAAGGAGGAUGAAGCUCCACCUGCUGAACCUGAGCAAGCAGCUGAGCAGGGAGCUGCCGCAGAUCAGGGUACGGGUGCAGGUCAAGGUAGUGCUGAAAACCAAGGUGGUUCUCCUAUGGACAUUUGAUAAUUUAAGGUCAUGUACUAGAGGUGUUAAAAACAGAUAUUUACAGAUGAAUAGGUUCUUUGUUGAGUGUGUCAUGGGAGAAGAUUUAUCUUUGAUGGAUUUCUUUUCUUAAUCUUGUUUGUUUUUGCAAUUCAUCUUUGGUAAAUCAUUGUAAACGAUUUAAUGGCUGCCUUUGAUGGACUUGAACGCUCAAUUUCUCAUAUGCUCCUGAGAUACAAUUUACUGAAGUUCAUGGUGAAAAA